GUUCACUCAAAUUCGUUUUUGUUUUGCACAAAAAUUUAAAUAAAUAUUAGGUACAUAUUAACACAUAUUGGUCAAUUUCAAUUUUAUUUUUUAUAUUUAUCUUAAUAUUGUUGAUAGAAAGAUUCAUUUGGCAAUGGACGAUAAUCCUUUAGCAGGCACAGCUCAUUUGUUGGACGAAAUUGACAAAAAACUGAUGAUUCUCUUGCGAGACGGUCGUACUCUGAUAGGUUACUUAAGAAGCUGUGAUCAGUUUGCUAAUUUAGUGCUUCACAAUACGAUUGAAAGAAUUCACGUCGAUCAAGAAUACGGAGAUAUUCCGAGAGGUACGAUGAUCAUAAGAGGUGAAAAUGUAGUGUUGCUUGGGGAGAUUGACAAUGAGAAAGAAUCAAAACUACCUUUGAAAGAAAUCUCAGUCGAAGAAAUUUUGGAUGCUCAAAGGAGAGAACAAGAAACGAGGUAUGAGAAAAACAAACUUAUGAGUAAAGCUCUCAAGGAACGUGGACUAACGAGUUCUAGCACAAAUGAACUGGUACAGGAAAAUUUUAAUAUGUAAGCUUUUCCAAAGCAUGUUUAUUGAAAAUUUCAUGUGUGUUGUUUUUAUCAACAUCAAAUAUAAUUAAAUAUAAUUUUACAA